CCAAACAUCACUGCCAUCUUGCUGUCUUCACCCAACCUGACGUAUUCUGAAUCCUGCUACCUUCACCUCCACCCAAAGCCAGAUGCCCUGAAGAUACUACGAGGACCGAGGGAUCCACACCUGCCUUGGCCCGGUUUCUUAUUGGGCCAGACUUUUGCCUCGAUGUGCUACUGGUGCGCAGAUCAAGUGAUUGUACAGCGGGUUCUGGCAGCGAAGAACAUCGCCCACUCUAAGGGCUCUACCCUUAUGGCUGGCUGUCUGAAAAUCCUCCCAACGUUCAUCAUUGUCAUCCCAGGGAUGAUUUCCAGGAUCUUCUUUGCUGAUGAGUUAGUGUGUAUCAGUCCUGAGCACUGCAUGGAAGUGUGCGGUUCUGCAGCCGGAUGUAGCAACGUGGCUUACCCACGGCUCGUCAUGUCAGUGAUGCCUGUUGGUCUCCGCGGCCUGAUGAUGGCUGUCAUGAUCGCAGCUCUAAUGAGCGACUUGGACUCCAUCUUCAAUUCAGCGAGCACCAUAUUCACGCUGGAUAUUUACAAGAUGCUACGGAAGAAGGCUUCAUCCAGGGAGCUGGUGAUAGUCGGCAGGUUGUUUGUGGUUGUCAUGGUGAUCAUCAGCAUUGCCUGG